UCUCUCAAUCUCUGCGAAGCGAAGCGAGCGAGGAGAAGGGAGGCGACGGCUUAUCUCUGACCAGGAAAGAUGCCGGCGGGUCACGGAGUGAGGGCGAGGACGAGGGACCUCUUCGCUCGGCCCUUCCGGAAGAAGGGUUUCAUCCCGCUGACGACCUACCUCCGGACGUACAAGAUCGGCGACUACGUCGACGUCAAGGUGAACGGCGCCGUCCACAAGGGCAUGCCCCACAAGUUCUACCACGGCCGCACCGGCCGCAUCUGGAACGUCACCAAGCACGCCAUCGGCGUCGAGGUCAACAAGCAGGUAGGGAACCGAAUCAUUAGGAAGAGGAUCCACGUGAGGAUCGAGCACGUUCAGCCCUCGAGGUGUCAGGAGGAACUUAAGCAGAGGAAGGUCCACAACGACGAGUUGAAGGCGGCGGCGAAGGCACGUGGGGAGAAGAUCAGCACGAAGAGACAGCCAGAAGGUCCCAAGCCUGGCUUCAUGGUCGAGGGCACGACCAUAGAGACGGUCACUCCUAUUCCGUAUGAUGUCGUCAAUGACCUGAAGGGCGGUUACUGAUUUGAGCUUCUCUUUGAAGUCUCUUCGGCUCAGUGUUUUGUUUCAUCAGCAUCUUUUUGUCCUAUCUUGAAACUGCGGAUGCGCAUUUGUGUUGGGUUAUAGACUUAGUCGAAUCAAGUUUUGUUUUUGUUUUCUUCGACUCAUCUGGAAUGAACUUCGAGUUACGGUUUAAGCGUGUUGCUUCACCCGGCCCCCUUUAUAUGCAUUGACGAGAGUUCAAAUU